CGCGUGGUGUCGCAGGCAACUCGUAGAACAUGUAACUUUAGACAUUUACGAAGUCACUAUUAGGGUUAAAAAAUAACGAAUGUUUUUACACCGUCACAUUAUAAAUUCGAUAUUAUUAUCGUUUACCGAUUUUUUUUAUUCAGCAAUAAUAUAUUUAAAGUUUUAAGUAAUUGAGAAUCAUUGAAAUAAAAUUUUUUGUAAAUCAUUUUGAUUUACGUGAUUCAUCCAAAAUUAGUUACCGUUAUUUUAAAGGAACACUUAUGAAUUAUAUUGUUAUAUAGAAUUGAUGUUUAAAUAACAAAAUGUCACAAGAUAUGAAGUCAGCUUCCAUGGAUCUUAAUUCAUCUCGUUCCUGGUGUCGGAGGGAGAACGACGUUAAGAUAGAGCUCGGCUUCAACGUGCCUCUGGGAGCGAUGUCGGCACACCCUGUAUUUCAUUCCUCUUGGGAUAUCGGAUGUCCUAGUUCUGGAUUUCACCAAAUGGCCAGAAUGAUGGAUCGUAUGAUGUCUGAAAGCCUUCAGCCGUUUGGAUUUGCAAGAUUCACAACGCACCGGAGUGGAGAUGACAACGGAAAUUCUAUGCCCAGAGAUGGAUUACGGGCUGAAAAAAGUGAUAAUCGCAGAGAACGGGCGAGAAACCCUCAAACUCACGCUGGUAAUGGGACAAGACAUCCACCGACACAAGUAGUCAAACCAACUCCGAUCAACUCUUUUCAAGACAAUGCAUCUGAUCAGUCGAAACCAACAGACCCAACGACAGAGAAAUGGGCUGGAACAUUAAGAAGACGCGACCCUGACAUACAGCCAACUUUACCAUCGAUCAUUCGUAAAGCGUCUUCGACACAUUCGUCUAUCAGUAGUGGAAGAAAAACCCGAUCUGUAGAUAGAGUACCAAGAACGAGGCGGCAGUUAGUGCCGAUUAAACCAACCAUAAGACCGCGAGAUGUGCCAGCAGAAGGAGAUGUUACUAUGCUAGAGAAAGAUGAAAAACUUUUUAACGCGACAGGUUAUGAAGUGCAUCUCGUUGAAACGUUAGAAAGGGAUAUUUUACAAAGGAAUCCAGAUGUUCGCUGGAAGGACGUGAUUGGUUUAGACGAUGCAAAAUCUGUGCUACAAGAAGCAAUGGUACUGCCGCUAGUGAUGCCUGACUAUUUUAAAGGUAUUCGACGUCCAUGGAAAGGAGUUCUCUUAACUGGACCGCCGGGAACUGGUAAGACACUCCUAGCGAGGGCGGUGGCGACCGAGUGCAGGACCACAUUCUUUAAUGUAUCUUCCGCAACCCUUACAUCCAAAUAUCGCGGUGAUUCAGAAAAACUUGUCAGGCUUCUCUUUGAUAUGGCUGCGUUCUACGCUCCUAGUACAAUAUUUUUAGAUGAAGUUGAUUCUCUUUGCGCCGUUCGUGGAGCCGAUUCAGAACAUGAGGCGUCCCGACGUUUUAAAGCUGAACUACUUAUACAAAUGGAUGGAUUAGCUGCUGCUUUCAAUCAAGAUAAAGUUAUAAUGGUGUUGGCUGCAACUAAUCAUCCAUGGGACAUCGAUGAGGCGUUCCGAAGAAGAUUUGAGAAGAGAAUAUAUGUUGGUCUGCCUGAUGAGCCGACGAGAGUCAAAUUACUAAAUCUCUGUCUCCGUGAAGUCAUUUUAGGAGAUGAUGUUGACUUGAAAGAUCUGUCGACGAAGCUGGAAGGAUAUAGCGGAUCUGAUAUAAAUAAUCUAUGCAGAGAUGCAGCAAUGAUGACAAUGCGCCAUAAAGUAGCAGGAAAAAGUCCGGAACAAAUUCGUCGUUUGAAACGUUCUGAGUUGGAAGCACCAGUCACCAAAGCUGACCUCAUAGCUGCCAUGGACAAAACGCGACGCACAGUCACUCAAGCUGAUGUAGCGCGUUACAGCAACUGGAUACAAAAACAUGGCUGUUCCUAGCAUAGGGCUAAAGCGCUUAAGGCGCUUUUGAGAUGCCUUAGAUCAUAGGCGUCCCAUUUAUGGCUUUGACGAAGUUUUGCCGGAUAGACUUUUUCAAUAAAUAUAGUGAUCUGAUGAAGAAAUAAUAGCUAUAAAAUUUAUGUGUUUCUAAUAUAUUUUCGAAAGUAUAGUGCCUACGAGAUUAAUAAAAGUGUUAAAUAAGGUU